UGUGGCUCCAGCUGUGGGGGCUGUGGCUCCAGCUGCUGCAAGCCUGUGUGCUGCUGCAAGCCUGUGUGCUGCUGUGUGCCUGUCUGUUCCUGCUCCAGCUGUGGGGGCUGCAAGGGAGGCUGUGGCUCCUGUGGGGGCUGUGGCUCUUGUGGAAGCUGCAAGGGAGGCUGUGGCUCUUGUGGAAGCUGUAAGGGAGGCUGUGGCUCCUGUGGAAGCUGCAAGGGAGGUUGUGGCUCCUGUGGAGGCUGUGGCUCUUGUGGAAGCUGCAAGGGAGGCUGUGGCUCCUGUGGAGGCUGCAAGGGAGGCUGUGGCUCCUGUGGGGGUUGUGGCUCUUGUGGAAGCUGCAAGGGAGGCUGUGGCUCCUGUGGAGGCUGCAAGGGAGGCUGUGGCUCCUGUGGAAGCUGCAAGGGAGGUUGUGGCUCCUGUGGAGGCUGUGGCUCUUGUGGAAGCUGCAAGGGAGGCUGUGGCUCCUGUGGAGGCUGCAAGGGAGGCUGUGGCUCCUGUGGGGGUUGUGGCUCUUGUGGAAGCUGCAAGGGAGGCUGUGGCUCCUGUGGAGGCUGCAAGGGAGGCUGUGGCUCCUGUGGGUCUUGUGGCUCCUGUGGGGGCUGCAAGGGAGGCUGUGGUUCCUGUGGGGGCUGUGGCUCCUGUGGGGGCUGCAAGGGAGGCUGUGGCUCCUGUGGGGGCUGUGGCUCUUGUGGAAGCUGCAAGGGAGGCUGUGGCUCCUGUGGAGGCUGCAAGGGAGGCUGUGGCUCCUGUGGGGGUUGUGGCUCCUGUGGAAGCUGCAAGGGAGGCUGUGGCUCCUGUGGAAGCUGCAAGGGAGGCUGUGGCUCCUGUGGAAGCUGCAAGGGAGGCUGUGGCUCCUGUGGGUCUUGUGGCUCCUGUGGGGGCUGCAAGGGAGGCUGUGGUUCCUGUGGGGGCUGUGGCUCCUGUGGGGGCUGCCAGUCCAGCUGCUGCCAGUCCAGCUGCUGCAAGCCCUGCUGCUGUCAGUCCAGCUGCUGCAAACCCUCUUGCUGCCAGUCCAGCUGCUGUGCUCCUGUCUGCUGUAAGCCGUGCUGCUCUUCAGGCUGUGGGUCUUCCUGCUGCCACUCCAGCUGCUGCAAACCUGGCUGCUGCCAGUCCAGCUGCUGUGUCCCUGUGUGCUGCCAGUGUAAGAUCUGA